GAUUCACGGAAGAAAUGCUUUUCUGUGAGCAGUAAAUGACGGAAAUAGGAGUGACUGACAAAGUAGACAAUUUACCAUCAGUGAACAGUGAGAACACAAUCCACCCAGCAGCCAGUUUACAUUCCUUCAGCCAACAAGGCAAACAGCGUGUGUAUAUAGCGUACUUCACAGACAAAUCCACAGUACUUUAAUAUUAUCUUUUGACUGUGUUUGUGGCACGUAAUGUUAUGUGUGCGCGGAAAAAGAUACUUCCAUCGCUGCAGUUUAUAAUAAAGACCCGUUAUCUUCUAUGUUUAACCGUGCUCGUCAACUGUUGCUUUACCAUUGUCGCUAUACGCCAACAGUUCUCUCCUCCAUCUUCCAUCCCAGUUUAUGCUACUGUUAAAGUUCUAUCCUCCAUCCCAAGUAUGUGCUGCUGCAGAUCAGUUAGCCCGCUCAUUAAUAAGUAUCCGCUGCCGCUACUGAAAUCGACUCAUCCUUCAGUGUUUUACAUUGCUCCUAACAUAGUAAAUCGGUUCGUUUGUUUUUGUGCGGUUCUACGUUCUUUUAAAGCAGCGUUCAAGAUCCAUUGGGACGAUCAGAAGAAUAACACUACAAACGAUGACUUCAGCUUUUGACACUUUUGCGCGUAAUUCGUUGCUCCAGUGAUCACCUUGUUCACUCGCCAUCCCUUUGUGCAUUUCGAGUGCGAAGUCAAUUGGCCAAAUCGUUGUGUCACAAUGCGCAUAGUUUCCGUUUCAGGGGAAAGCUGUUGGAACGUUCAAAGAUUUG